GUAAAGUACGUGAAACAGAUCACGCGCAUGCAAUCGUCAUUUAUCGCGCAUGUUCUGUUUGCUACAUCGGCGCGGAAAAAUUAUCAGUCUCAUUGUCAGGUUAGGGUUAGGUUCACGUGCUUUGUGUAAAUCCUGCUUGUUCAGACGCAAACGAAAAAAUUCCGUAUAAAUUUUUAAUUAUUUAUUAUACGUUAUAUAUUUUCUUGAUUAUAUAGUCAUUACUGAAAUGACUUUUGUUGGCGUCGAAUUUAUUCUCAAUGAUAGUGAUAAUGAAGCGUCAAUUGCUUUAGUACAUUGUUCAUGGUUAACGCCACGAAAAAAAGAGGUUUGGUGGCCUCCGUAUAAAACUGGUGCACAAUUUAAGAAAGCACUCUUCCGCGAAGAAAAGCCAAAAGAUCAAACAUGGACAUUAUACGGUAUUAAACAAAUACUUUUUUCUUGUGAUGAAUAUCAGAAAGCUAGUAAAAAACUAAAAAAGUGUGAAGAGUUUUCUGAUGUACAGUCUUCUACAGUGGAAGAUAAAGAGCAACCAAAGAAAAGACAGUCAAAACGAAAUUCUAAAUACAUAUCUACUAGUGAAGAAGAGGAUGAUGAAAGUGACCAUUCUUUACGUCGACCACCAAAGAUUUCCACAUUUGCACAUGCGCUACAAGAUAAACAUAAAAAAUCUUUAACAUCAAUGCCAUCAUCAGUAUCUAUGACAUCAAAAGACCUACCAGAAACAGUAUCGCAACAAGACAUAAAUUCAGAUUCUUCUGAUAUUCCUGCACACAAUACUCCUAGUAGGAGAUUAAAAGAGAUAGAUUUUUUAAAUAGAACCACAAUACCAUCACCAUCUUUAACUGUUUCCACAAACAUCAGUUCUCGAUCAGAAUCUGUAAAUUCAACUCUUAAUGAAGCGAAUGGAGUACCAUAUUUUCGUAGCCUUACUGAACAAAUUUUUACUGAAAUAAGAAAAGUGCGAGAACAAGUUAAAGAAAUGUAUGGAAUAUUGAAGCACUCCAACACUCAAUGUGAGUGGCAUGCUCUCUAUCCCAGAUAAUUGUCCUGUUGAGUUUCCAUUGAAAACACGCGAAGAAUUGCAACUAUUAGAAAAUUAUUUUAGUUCCCGUGAAAAUAAACACGCUGUGGUAUAUAUACAGGGUUGGCCAUAUUAGGUGGACCCAUUUAUUUAAAAGAAAAACAUUAAAAAAAAACACAUUUUUUGCUGUUCAAGUGAAAAAUCAUUUAGCGUUCGAUUGAUGGUUGCUCCAUAGCAAAAAUCUCCUAAGACUGACGCUUCGAACACGUGCUAUCAUUAGUCAUUCUCACAUUCCUUGUCAAAGUAACAGUGUUACCAGAUG